CCGAUCGGAAGUACAAUGUACACCCCCGCUCUGUAGCGAUGAUGUUACCCUCCAAUUAUCAUCGUCCUUCCUAGAUAAAUUUUUUUUUUUUUUUUUUCGCAUCGUCGUCGCAGUCGUUCGUUAUUCCCACAGUUUGGUGGCCGGUGUUUAAAGCUCCAUUCGCCCGAACGAGAUAAAAGCGCAUCAACGGAGCGACAUGAGAGUCGUGGGACUCCUGACUUGUGGACUACUGCUCCUGUGCGCGGGUCGUUUAGUUCGAGCAGAGGAAGAUGAUGCGUCGGCAACAACAACCACAGCUGCUACAACCAGCACCACGGAAGGGUCGUCGACGAGCACCACCUCGCCCCAGAUGGCCCAGGGCGAGAAGAGGCUGGGCGACCAGAUCCGGGCCAUCCUGAAGCACUACCAGCAACCGGAUCCCAUCGGGCUACCCGGAACCCCCGUGCCCGACCCAAUGGACAUCCCGGACCUCCGUAACUCGAUAUCCUUCUACACCAUCUACAUGAGCAAGAUCAAGUUGUUCGGGCUCAGUCGGUUUCGCAUCGAGCAGAUACGCUCGGAGCUGGCGCUCAUGCAGGUCUGGGUCUCCCUGAGCAUCGAGAGCCUCGACGUGCGCGGCGUUUACGUCCUCUCGUCGCUGUUUACCCGCUCGGGUGGCGACUUUACCGUCAAACUCACCAACGUGAGCGUCCAGGGCCUGGCCAGGCUCGAGGUCGGCCACGACGGCAAACUCAACGCCCAGGACAUCGACAUGGACCUCACCUUCCACGACAUCGACAUCAACUUUGAGAACCUCGGCUUCCUGGCCGGCUUCUUCCAGAGCGUCAUCAACUCGGUCGGCACCUUCAUCUUCGACAACAUCAAACCCUACGUCCUCAAGGAGGUCAACACCAACAUAAGGGGCGAAGUCAACAAGCAAAUAUCCCAGCUGCCCAACUACUUCCCGAACUCCAUAUCGCCCUUCGACAUGGCCGUGGCCGAGGCUCGGAAACAAGUCUCCGACAUGGGGUACGAUCCGUUCAAGGUCAACGACUACACUCAGACCAUGGGCAUGCUCACCAUCACCUCGACGCACACUUGGCUCACCGGCCUCGCCAGUUUCUACCGCAUGGGCAACAUCACCCUCACCAUAGAAAACACCAUUCUGUACGCGGUCCUCGACAUCGGGACUCAAGAGAUCGAGGGUCGCACCAACUGGGAGGUCAGCGCGAUCGGGGGCGUGCUGUCGAGGUUCGGCACCGCGUCCUUCACCAUCGAGUACUUUCGCGUCCAGCUGAACCUCAGCCAACCGCUGGACACGCGCAAGAGGUCGACCCUCGAGGAACUCGAUCUCGAGCUCGGCAACAUCCAGGUGAGGGUCGACGGCGCGGGCACCAUAGAUUACAUCAUCGAGGCCGGCAUCAACAUCAUACCGAAUUUACUGAGGAACCAGAUAAUGGACGCGUUGGAGGGGACGAUACGGCGACGCAUCCAGGACGAGCUCGAUAAGGUGGACGUGGAGAAAUUGAUUCACGAGAAAAUACCGGAUAUCGAGGAGCGGGCCAAGAUACUCCAGGGUAUGAAGCCCGUCGAUGACAUUCUGCUCGGGAGGGACCAUCGCGAGAGAGAAGACGGAGAAGAGGAGGAGGAGGAAGAAGCGGCAGAAGAGGAAGGAGGAGGAGGUGAGGCCGAGGACAUGGUAUCGCCGACAACGCAAGCGUCCCCGGAGCCCGACAAUCUCGAGCCCAUUUCCGCGAGCGAAGAGGACCGCGGGUAAACUUGAGUGCGCCACGUAUACAUACCCAUUUGUGUGGGUUAUACCUUUACAGCGCAAGGAGAACGAAGGACAGAGCAUAUAGGACAGAGUGUGCCGUGUCGACGACGAAAAAAGUCGGGGCCAAAGAGACACUUUCUUUCCUCAAUUUAUUCAUUACAGGUAUACACACGCAACCGCUUCACGUGAUGACCACGGCACGUAUACGCACUGUCUUAACAGUCAUGUCUUUUAACUAUAGAAAAAUUGCACUCAAGUACUGUAAAACUUUUUUUUUUUUUUUUCUUGCUCGCACUACACCUUGUCGCUCGACGUGUAUAUGUGAAUGUGUUAACAAACAAGAUUAAAAUAUAUAUGUAUAUACACUGCACCUUUAUUUGUUAACGAGCGCAAUUAAAUAAAAGUGUCUCUAAUAA